AACUUCUGGCGGUUUUUCCCCCUCCUCUCCGCCGCCGGUGGAGACUUUGUUUCUCCGAGUUUUUACUUUUUUAACGCGUCCCUGCCCCUUAGCGCCUAACUUUUUUAUAUAUUUUUUUUUUAUUAUUAUUAUUAUUAAUUUUUUUUUCGUCCCCUUGUUCCCCCUCGGCCACUUUCUCGCAUGAAUCUCCUCGACCCUUUCAUGAAAAUGACAGAAGAACAGGACAAAUGUAUCUCCGACGCCCCCAGCCCCACCAUGUCGGAUGACUCCGCCGGGUCCCCCUGCCCCUCUGGAUCCGGCUCGGACACGGAGAACACCAGACCCCAAGAGAACACCUUCCCCAAGGGGGACCCGGACCUGAAGAAGGAGAACGACGAGGACAAGUUCCCGGUGUGCAUCCGGGAGGCGGUGAGCCAGGUGCUGAAGGGCUACGACUGGACCCUGGUGCCGAUGCCGGUGCGGGUGAACGGCUCCAGCAAGAACAAGCCGCACGUCAAGAGACCCAUGAACGCCUUCAUGGUGUGGGCGCAGGCGGCCCGCAGGAAGCUGGCGGACCAGUACCCGCAUCUGCACAACGCCGAGCUCAGCAAGACCCUGGGCAAGCUCUGGAGGCUGCUGAACGAGAGCGAGAAGCGCCCGUUCGUGGAGGAGGCCGAGCGGCUGCGGGUGCAGCACAAGAAGGACCACCCCGACUACAAGUACCAGCCCCGGCGGAGGAAGUCGGUGAAGAACGGGCAGGCGGAGCAGGAGGAGGGCGCGGAGCAGACCCACAUCUCCCCCAACGCCAUCUUCAAGGCGCUGCAGGCGGACUCGCCGCAGUCCUCCUCCAGCAUCAGCGAGGUGCACUCGCCCGGGGAGCACUCGGGCCAGUCCCAGGGGCCCCCCACGCCGCCCACCACGCCCAAGACGGACCCGCAGCCGGGCAAGCAGGACCUGAAGCGGGAGGGCCGCGCGCUGGGCGAGGGCGGCCGGCAGCCGCCGCACAUCGACUUCCGCGACGUGGACAUCGGCGAGCUGAGCAGCGACGUCAUCUCCAACAUCGAGACCUUCGACGUCAACGAGUUCGACCAGUACCUGCCGCCCAACGGGCACCCCGGGCAGCCCGGCCAGGUCGCCUACACGGGCAGCUACGGCAUCAGCGGCGCCGCGGGCACGCCGGCGGGCGUGUGGAUGUCCAAGCAGCAGCCGCCGGCGCAGCUGCCGGCGCUGAGCGCCGAGCAGGGCCCGCAGCAGCAGCAGCAGCAGCAGCAAAGGACGCACAUCAAGACGGAGCAGCUGAGCCCCAGCCACUACAGCGAGCAGCAGCAGCACUCCCCGCAGCAGCAGCAGCAGCAGCAGCAGCAGCUGAGCUACGGCUCCUUCAACCUGCAGCACUACAGCUCGUCCUACCCCAGCAUCAGCCGCGCGCAGUACGAGUACGGCGAGCACCAGGGCUCCUCGGGCUCCUACUACAGCCACGCCGGCCAGGGCGGCGGGCUCUACUCCACCUUCAGCUACAUGAGCCCCACGCAGCGCCCCAUGUACACCCCCAUCGCCGACACGGCCGGGGUGCCCUCCAUCCCCCAGACCCACAGCCCGCAGCACUGGGAGCAGCCCGUCUACACGCAGCUCACCCGGCCCUAAGAGGCGAAGCGAGCGCGACGGGAGAAAGGAAGGAAAAAAAAAAAAAAAAAAAAUAAAAAGUAAAAAUAAUAAUAAAAAAAAAAAA